UGAUCUCCCUCCAAUGGAUCCACCAAUCAUCAACGUCACCCUGACGGGCUCACCAAUCACAAACGGCUCGCCCAAUUCACAGACCAAAUCCCAGUACUCACGUGGCUCGACUACCCAAUCAGAAUUCAGCAGCUCAGACAUGAGCAUUCAGGUCCCUGAGGAUUAUGAGCGCCGUGUUUCAGACCCGUUCCUGGACAGCGGACUGCAUCUGAGCCCCACGGCAGCCGAGGCCAAAGAGAGGGCCCAACACGGCAAGAAGAGAGCGCCCCCUAUGGACUGGAGCAAGAAACAGGAGAUCUUCAGCAACUUCUGAGAACCACACAGAACCUUCACAACAAUGUUCUUAAAUCCCUCAAGGUUGAUAAAGGUCUGGCACAGGGACACACCACAACCAAUGUUGGCCGUGCGCAGUAGAUCAUCAGCCCGGAGACAAUUUAAUCGUGGGAAAUUAAUAGAAAAAGGCAGCCAAUGUUCUGUGGUGAGAGGCGAUUCGUUAUGGUGUGUCAUGUGACAGAGCUUCACCAGCCAAUGUUCUGUGGUGAGAGGCGAUUCGUUAUGGUGUGUCAUGUGACAGAGCUUCACCAGCCAAUGUUCUGUGGUGAGAGGUGAUUCGUUAUGGUGUGUCAUGUGACAGAGCUUCACCAGCCAAUCAAGAUAAAAGGCUGCAGUGGCUCCGAAACAACUCUGAGAAAAACACAGAAAGCCUCUGUCCCCGGCAGGAUCUGAACCCUGGUCUCCCACAGGACAAACCAACAUCUUAACCAUGAGACAAAGAGGAAAUUCCCUUCGGUCUGAGGGCCAACACUUAUUGUGAAGUCACAAGCGGGGCUCCCUCAUCACGUGACCAUGAGCAGCCAUGACCAUCCCAUGUCCGCUACACCUCCAUAUACCACGACUAGGGAUUAUUACAGUACCUUAGGAUGAGGAUAAAUCAUGUUGAUGUAUUUAGCCAGGAUAAUUGACUCAGUUCCACUUGUUUCCAUGGCUCUUGUUUCCAUGGCUCUUGUUUCCAUGGCUCUUGUUUCCAUGGCUCCUAAACGUUUCUCAGAGCUGUGACUUUACUGAAAGUUUUUUUUCCUUCUACAGCAACUAGUAAGAAACAUUCACUGGCCCAACCGCCACACCUCACCUCACCUCUU